AUGGAACAACGUUAUCAUGUCAUUGUAUACGGCGCUACGGGCUUUACUGGUUCCUUGGUGACCCGUUACUUAAUUACUGAGUCUGAGUCAGCCCUUACAAACCCAAAAGCAUUGAAAUGGGCUAUAGCCGCUCGUAGUGAAGCUAAAUUAAGCAAGAUCAAAGAAAUUCUCAAGACAAAACUUCCUACUGUCGCUCCUCAAUUAAUUGAUUCCAUUCCUGUAAUUGUAGCAAACAGUAAGGACAAAGAAUCCUUAGUGGAGAUGGUACAGCAGACUAAGGUCCUUGUGUCACUUGUGGGACCGUAUAAACUCUAUGGAGAACUACUAAUUAAAGCUUGCGUUGAUAAUGGAGUGCACUAUUGUGAUCUAACAGGUGAGAUUGUAUGGAUUGAAGAGAUGACAGCUAAAUACGCGGCCAUUGCUGCCAAGACGGGUGCUGUCGUUGUUAAUUGUUGUGGGUUUGAGAGUAUCCCAUCCGACAUUACGACGUAUUUGAUUUGUGAUCGAAUCCAGCAAAAGCUUAACUCUUAUACAAGCAAAGUAGAUAUUUACUAUACCAAGCUAAAGGGUGAACCAAGUGGUGGAACAUUGGCGUCGAUUUUUGCAAUCAUGGAAACGUCUUCCACCAAACAGCUAUUGGCCUCGCAGAAUCCAUUCUUUCUCACAGACGAAAAGACAAUUGAGGAAAAAAAAAGCGUCUGGUCUUAUUAA